CAAGAACGGCAUGAUCGAGGACUGGGAGUGUUUCCAGGCCAUCCUGGACCACACCUACGGCAAACACGUCAAGUCGGAGCCGGGGCUGCACCCCGUGCUCAUGUCCGAGGCCCCGUGGAACACGAGGGCCAAGAGGGAGAAGCUGACGGAGCUGAUGUUCGAGCACUACAACAUCCCCGCCUUCUUCCUCUGCAAGACGGCCGUGCUGACGGCCUUCGCCAGCAGGCAGCACUUGCAGGGCUGGGUGCUCGACUCGGGGGGACACACCCACACCACGGCCAUCCCCGUGCACGAUGGGUACAUCCUGCAGCAAGGUAUCGUGAAGUCUCCCCUGGCCGGGGAUUUCAUCUCCAUGCAGUGCCGGGAGCUCUUCCAGGAGCUCAACAUCGACAUCGUCCCCCCCUACAUGAUCGCUGCCAAGGAGCCGGUUCGCGAAGGGGCCCCCCCGAGCUGGAAGAAGAAGGAGAAGCUGCCCCAGGUGUCCAAAUCCUGGCACAACUUCACCUGCAACGAGGUGAUCCAGGACUUCCAGGCCUCGGUGCUCCAGGUGUCGGACUCGCCCUACGACGAGCAGGUGGCUGCCCAGAUGCCCACGGUCCACUACGAGAUGCACGGGUACAACACCGACUACGGGGCCGAGCGGCUCCGCAUCCCCGAGGGUCUUCGACCCUCCAACGUCAAG